CGUGUACGCACGUUUUCUGAUGUUUACAGUCGUCUCCAGGUGAUCUAGUUUGGUAUUGCGGUGAAUUUGGGCGACAGACUGAACACGCAGUACGGCGAACGUUUAAUUGGUAAUUCACUGUGUCAAUAUCCACAGUGUUGCGUACAUUAUCGAAAUAGCAUCAUUUUGAUUUGAACUUUUUUUGUUUGAAAAUCGCCCCCAAAUGUUGACACCUAUACGCAAGUGAAGGCGAUCGCAGGAGUUCUCAACUGUUAUGAUGCUGAUAUUGUAUUGUGGAGUUUAUAACACCUCUGAUUGUAAAUGCCGAAGACUUCAAAGCAAUACAACUUUAUAAAGAUUAGUCUGAUUAAAUCGUCUGUAGAUUUGCAGAAAUGCUGUCACUGGAUGACGAGAUAAGUGGUAUUCUGCACCAAACAGAAACAUUAAUUAUGCGCUUGAAGAAAAUCAGUGCAGAAGGCACCCCUAAGCUUGUAAAAAAAAUUGUUGCAGAACAGAAAUUUCUUGAAAGUUUAAAAAAUUACAGCAGUGAUGAGCAAGAGGUCCGACUGAAAAGUAGUAAUGUUCACCAUUUGGAGUCCGUAGUGGACGCUGCAGAGUCUUUUGAAAAUGUUCAGCACAUUCUGAGACCAUUCCAUUAUAAAACAAAGGGAGGUCAAAAGGCUAGUUUGGUUGUGGAUGUUGUGGCUGGUCUUGGGGCAGCGUGGGUGAAGGUGAUCGCUCGGAAAGCUCAGUCACUACAUAGAGUAUGGAUUGGUGCUGGUGAUUACGGAGAUCGUAAUGUCGUAGAUCAAGCCAGACAGUACAUUAAUGCAAGUAAACAACACCCUGUGCAUUUCAUUCCCCCUGUUGUUUAUUUCACUUUCUAUGGUGGGAUUACCAAACCAAUCGCAGACAAACUGAAACGACAGGGUGUUGUUGUGAAAGGUGAAAUUGUAGAUGUUGAUUCCAACAUCAAUUUUGAUGACAAGCCAGAAGAUGAUGAUGAUGUUAGUGAUGAAGAAACGAAGGAAAGUCUUUCAGUAUCACCAUCACGACAUAUUUCCAUGACAACCAAACAGGAAUGCAGUCACCUAAAUUUGGAUAUCACCACUUUAAUAGCGUUGGUGUCUGAGCUAACACAUGGAGGGUGUUGGUAUGAAUUCAAAGAGACUGUUUUGACUGACCAAGCAGUCCAAGAACAACAGGAUCCACUUAUUCCCAAACUAAAUGAAUAUUUAAAGGAUAAAGAUUUGUUUUCCUGUAAAACUGCUGUUAAAGCUUUCAAAACAAUUCUAUCAACCCUUGGUGGCAGAAAUGAACGACAGCGGGCAAGGAAAUUACUGGAGCAAUUAACAGUUGUUGAUGACGAACCUUCAAAACGAACAGAAGAACUGAAGAAGAGUGGACGCAUCAAACCCAGAUCCAAGAUUAUUUUUGGCACUGGUGACAGUAUUAGAGCUACCACAGUGACAGCAAACUCGUCUUUUGUACGAGCAGCUGCUGAUCAGGGAGUCAACUUUGAUGUUUUCAUUCAUCAACCAAGGGCGCUGACGGAAUCAAAGCAAGCAUCGGCUGUUCCUGUGACUCCACCCGCCGUAGUUACUAAAGAAUAAAACAGUGAAGUAACGAAAGUGUUGUAUUGGAUUAUAAGCUGCAUGAUUACAAAUCUUGGUGAAGUAACGUGUUUACCCAUAAUCCAUUACAUGCAGUAUUAGUUUAUGUACGGUACUUGAGGAUUAUUUAUUUUGCUCCAAUCAGCGCAUGAUGUGUGCGUAAGGUCAUCGUUUCACAGUCAUGCCUGAGAGGAUUUUGUUUAAUUGAAGUUGGUACAAAGACGAGAUUUGAUGUUACAAACCAACAUUUUCAUAUAUUA